AUGCACCAUGAGGAGGUAUCACCAUGCUGCUGCCCUGGGCAGCCCACGACCGGCCAGUUCACCAAGUUCCAACGUCUACCCCCUGAAAUCCGCAACAUGAUCUGGGAAUCCGCCAUGCCCGAACCAAGGGUAUACGAAGUGCUAGACGCGCCCAACGCCAAACAAAAAAAACCCGCCCAAGAAGGCCUCAUGUUUGCCAACAUCCACCCGGAACCUCCCCCAGCACUCGCAGCCGUGUGUCGAGAAAGCCGGUCGUUUGUCCUCCACCACUACAAGCCCCUGACGCUAGGCAGGACAACCAAAUUUGUCGACGUCUCGCGGGAUAUUUUACUGUUGGAGCCGUACCUUUUGGUCAAACGGCUUCACCGGACGUUGCAUUUCAUAAGCCAGAUCCCGCUGGUGCGCGACCAUGCUACGAGGUUGGCGCUGGGGACGUCGUACGGCAUAUACCCGGGUAUCUUCCACCCGGUGCUGGGGCGGAAGGUGUCGAAGAAUAAUAUGGGGAAACUGUUGGCGAGUUUGGCCAAGUUUGCGCGGUUGAAGACGCUUAUUUUUGUGGUGCAUCAGGAGUUUCAGUUUGAGUUUGACUUUCGGUUUCCGGGGACGUUGACGCCGAUGCCGCCGGUCUCAAGCUACGGCCUGCCGUCGACGGUAUUGUCGCCGUCUUACUCGGCCGGGGUCGGCGGACUCACGCCGGCAGGCUACCCAUCACCACCCGGCACGGCCAAACCAUCUCUCGACCCUUACUCCGGAAACUCAUUUCCCACGGCUUCAGCACCAGCACCAUCUCCAACCGGCCUCCCCACCCCAGCAAAUAGCACAACAGCCUCCCCCCUCCCACUCCCGGCCUUACCACUCCCUCCAAUCUCAACCCUCCCCCUUCCCUUUCCCCAACAUCAAUCUCAGGCACCCCAACCACACGGCACCCUCCAACCCCUAUUAUCACCACCACAACAACCAACCACCCCAGCAAUACCAAGCCUACAACCAACCACCUCAUCAGCAUCAAGUCCAAGUGUACAACAACGCCCCCAACAAAUCCACCAAGCUUACCGCUUCAAAUUCGACAUUGAAUCCAACAUCAACGCCCCUCCGCGUCGACCACAUACGAAUGAAUUGUUGUAUUACCCGUUAGCAGGCGGGGUGGGCAUGGGGAUGGGCAUGGGUAUGGGCGGGGAUGAGUUUGAUGCUUAUGAGGCUUAUGUUAAUGGGCCCGGGUCUGGUUCCGGGUCUGCGUCUGCGUCUGCUGCUAGCGGUAGCGGUAGCGGUAGCGGUAGCGGUAGCGGGGUUGAUGGCACUAGAAACGGUUUUGGGGAUAUAGCCGGGGGGAGAUCAGCUGGGUAUAGUGCUGGGUAUAACGUCAAUACCUUUGGUAGCGUGAGCGGGGGGGGAAUCGCAAAAUGGGACUGUCACGCCCUACACGACGACAUCAUCGACGACAACGACGAAGAAGGCGAGUGGUGCGAUCCAUGGCCGACAAACGACGACUGGAAACGGUUUCGAAGGCGGUGGGUGCGUGGGAUGAUGGCUGCUUGUGCACUUCCGCCGGCUGAGGGGAGUCGAGAAGUGGAAUAUCCCGUGGGCGAUGGGGAGAUGGCUAAUGGAGGGGGCUCGGUGGGCAGGGGGAGUGACAAGACGACGUGUGGGGUUUCGCGGGGGAAACAGACGAAAGGGAAGGGGAGGGCUGGGGAGCAGAGGUUGUAUUUGCCGAAGUGGAAAUUGAUGGGGGCGAGUUUGUUGUGGAGGUAUACGAAGGGUGUGGGGGGUGGUUAG